AUGGAGGAUACCCAGGAGGUCCUCAGGACCCUAGUUUGCUGCAACUUCAUCCUGAACAUGCAUCAUAUUUUAUAUGAGAAUGACAGAUAUACUCGAGCAUAUAUGCUCUUCCUCAUUAGUGUCACCAUAUUCGCUUAUGCAUCAGUUUCAACUAUGUCAACGAGGUACUUGCAGUUUUUUAAAGAUAUUGAGGGAGCUAGUACAUAUGCUUGGGGUGCUGCAGCCCUUACAUUCUUCUAUCACUCACUUGGAAAAGCUUGCACUUUCAAGCAAAGACAUUUUAAUGGUUCAGCCACUCUCAUACAAGUAAGUUGGAAUCCUCAUUUCAAGCUUGAGGAGGACAUUCCAGAUGAUAGGCAGCAAGCAUAUCAAACUGCAAUGUGCAUUACAACACUGAUAUUUGACGAUAUUGUCGAGUCGAACAUACCAGAUCGAGUACGCCGACAAUUUGGAGCUAAACAUGGCAUUCCUAGAAAUCCCUCGGUUGUUAGUAAGAGAGAUAACAGACAAGGUGAAAAGCAAGAUUGGCGAACUGUGAAUGCAAACAAAAUCGCUCACUGGUUGUCUCGCCAUGACUGCAUGAUGCCUGAAAUUAUAGAAGAUACUGACAAUGGGUUGCCUUUAGAGGAGUACAAGGUCUGGUACAACUUGGUGUCUCAUCCUCUAAUACAUAAUGUCACUAACUCACCCAAAAACAUAUUACAACCUCAUAUCCAAGAAGAAGAAGAUGCGGUUCAUGUUCAUGAACCACAGUAUAUAAUGAGACCUCGAGGUUAUGAGGACCAGUUGGUAGGUUUAUAUUGA